UUCGCGUCUCGUUCGCAUUCGCCGAGGACAUCUUUUCUUUUUUGUUUUGCUUCCCGAUCAUUCGUUUUCCAGCUUCGGCAGAGCAACCAAGCAAGCCAGUGGCUGCAGUUUCUGAAUCUCUGAUCUUCUGAGAAAUGGCGACCAAAGCGCCGAAUUGCUGUUGAAAAUUAGUGAAUUUAGCGUUUUUACGGAAAAGGUUCGGUACUUACAAUCGACGUGUUGUAACAAGCAAAGGGAAAGGGAUACCGAAGAAGGAAGAUGGAGCGCUACCACCGCCAAACUCCGCUAAAAGUCCUGAAGUCCAUGUGGCUUGCGAUCCGAGAAUCGAACGGACAGGAAAUCGAACACACCCGACUGGUGAAACAGUUGCAGAAGAUUUUCACUUCGGCGGGAGAUCAAAUCGAGUCCUACGUCACGAAUGCCGUUGUGGAUAACCUGAUCCAGGUGGUGGACAAUCCGAAGCGACCGAAACCCAAAUCGGUCUAUCACUACACCUUGCCGGAUAUAACUGAUUUUUCGUUCCCGGAGGAGCAUCCGGAUUUCUACUGCUACGAGUGCCAUCUGGAAGGUAACGUGCAGAAAUGUACGGAUUGUCUCCGGGUGUUUCACCGGGAAUGCGUCAAGACGUUGACCGAGAAGCACGCCAAAUUGGAGGAAUACGUGACCAACUACAAACGGGUGAACAUAUCGGAUUUUGGGCUGGUUGCAUUUUCGGCACCUACGGUUGCUAAUGUCGUGACGCCUCCGGUCGAUGCCAACGAGAAUCACACCGCGCCAUCGGACGAAGUUCCGGCAGCUAAGGUCAAAGAUGAAUUGGACAUCAAACAGGAGGAAGACCAAGAGGAUCGCAAGCCAGGCGCGAUGUCCUCGGAUGAACCUCAGUUUGUCGGAGUUGUGCGACCGGCUGAUCGGCGAUUGGGAGAGCGUCUGAACACUCCGACAAUAAAACCGGAGGACAAUGGGGGCAGCGGAAGCGGAGGGAAUUUCAUUGAUAGCGAGGAAGCUAUCCAGAAAUACUGCUAUCCUUGCCGGCAGAUGCGAGGAAAUCUGUACAACACGGCGCCGAGCAUGAGCAAAGGAGAGCUCAACUAUCUGCUGCAGUUUGUAUUCGAAGAGUACAAAUCAUGGCUUCCACACGACACCUAUUCUCCUACGCGGCUUUUUAACAAUCGUCCUCGAGUAUCGGAAGUGGUGGAAAAUAUGGAUCUAUGUAAGAAGCUUCUGUUGCGUCGUCCCAUCUCGAUGGACACCAUCCAGCAGAAAAUUGAGGAUUCCAAGUACGAGCGGCUGGAGCAGUUUUGUGCGGACAUUUUGGACAUAGCUCAUAACAUCGGAAUCAUUCAUGGAGCGACCUCCCUUGAGUACAACGCUGUGAUGUACUUCGUAACGGACUGCAUCUAUGAUUUAUUUGAGAUUCGUCAGUGUCCGGAUUGCUUCCGGCACUCCAAUGAAAAGGCCGAACCGGAUUGGUUUGCAAGGCCUUGCAAUACGCGCCAUGAGCUUGUGUUCGCCAAGCAUAAGGGCUACCAGUACUGGCCGGCGAAGGUCAUCCGGGUGGUGAACAACAAGUACGAUGUUCGCUUCUUUGGCGAUAAGCACUCCCGUGCCGUUGUUGACACUGCCUUUGUCAAACCCAUCGAUAGUGACUUGGUGCAGUUGAAAAUCAAUCCUAAAAAGCCCGGAUUCCAGAAAUCAAUGGAAGAAUUGCAUAAGCACCUGGCGCUGUCAUCUCUUCCCAAGGAUCACUACGCGUACGGCAACCAGCCAGCGGGACCCAUCGACGUUAUGCUGAGGAAUGCGGGCAUUGGGCCAAUUAUUUUCUCGACUACGCCGGUUCCGGUGCAGGUUUCGAAGAAACGUGGCCGAAAACCGAGAGGACAUCCCAAGAGGAUAGUAGAUUUGAUUGGCGACGAUGCCAGUUCGACAUCCGAAUCGUUAGAUCAAACCUCACAGCAGAGUUCAAGUUACAGCCCUGGAACUCCACAUGGUCGAUCGUUCAAUAAUGGUCAUGGCAGUGUGGAGAAGCGCACCACCAGGCAGACAGAAAAGCGGCCUCUAGAACCCACUGAAAGUAACGAAAACUCCCCAGCUUCAUCCAAGAAUUUGCGCUUUGACCAGGAUGUCCUCCCGUUGGAUGGGUUUAGCUCAUCAACGACGAUGACCCCGGUUCGAAGUAGUGAAAGUGUGUCCCUUGGGUCGGGCACAUCUGAGGAAUCUCUGAAACCACGAAGCCCGCGCAUCAAAGCCCAGUUGAAGCGACAGUAUUCAGAUGACGUGGUGAAGUUGAAGGCGUUGAUGGACAAAAUGGACGAUAUUGAUAAGAUUAAGCAGCUGGCUGCGGAUGCCCUCCAGGAAGAUAUCAAUCGCUGGCAGCAAAAACUACGCAGUCUAGUCAAGGAGUACACUUCGCGUCUUAGUGAAGUGAAGCAGAAGCAAUGGUGUAAAAGCUGCGAACACGAGUCCAUACUGCAUUGCUGUUGGAAUACGUCGUAUUGUUCACGGGAGUGCCAGGAAAAGGAUUGGCCGACGCAUAAGAAGUUGCACAAAUUCACCACCAAGCAUCAGCAUUCGUGAAGGUGCAGCAAUCUGUAAGUUAUCUGCUCCUUUUUUGAAUCGAUCUCUACCAUAAUCGCUGUCGACCCGUACAUUUUUAAUCUGGUAGGUAUUAUUACUGAUAAGGCAGUAUCUUUGUUCCUAUUAUUUGUUUAUGAAUUACUGCAAUACCAUGAAUUAAGCGCAGUAUACACGAUAACAAAGGCACAUAUGAAUUGCAAUGUAUCGUUUUUGUUGAAAGUCAUUUGUUGAAUUUAAUAAACCCCAAUGAAUAAUAA